AUGGAUGUGAAAUUGGAGCACAGACUAACAAUACGAGACCUUGAGCGAUUGCGCAGAUCCUUUAUGGUUGAAGGAGAUGGUUACCAUGGCAAACUGAGCUUAACAAAAGACCAGUUCUGUGAGGCUUUAUCAAUGUUGUUGAGGAAAGGCACAGUAGAAGAGUAUGCACAGUUGUUUGAUAAAAUUGAUUUCACCAAAGAGGGAAGUGUUGACUGGGACAGGCUGGCCUCUUAUUUGCUGCUGGAAUACUAUGAGAAGGAUGACAGAACCAAGUCAUCUCAAGUACCUCAGUGGAGGGAUAUCAGAAUACUUGCCAGCCCUCACAAGGAAACAAUCCAGAGAGUAUCUUUUCUCAAGAACACAAAUAGAUACAUAGCUGUCAGUAAGGAGGGAUGCAUCUCUUGGUGGAGUACAGAUCUAAAAUUGCAGUGGUCACUGAAGACUGGGACUGACACAAUCAGGAUGAAAGAUGUAUGGGUCACUGACUGUGUUCCACUACAGAACAUUAACAAGAUGGCUCUGGCUUUCACUAGUAAAGAAAUUGCCAUCUAUGACUUGAGUAGUAAAAAUGAAAUCAGUUGCCAGUACAAAAUUCAAGGCUUGCACUUCACACCAUUGUGUUUAGAUUAUUGGUGCAACCCAGAAAAUGCAAACAAUGCUGUCAUGGUGUGGGGAGAUGUUGGCGGGUUUAUCAACAUUAUUUUCUUCUAUUCUGCAAAUAUUGCACUGUUUGAAAGGCCUCCUGCCCCCGCUCAUGAGAAACAAGAGCCUUGCCUAAAUGUCCAGCUCAAGGACAUCAUGUCUGGCAAGUACAAGAAUGCCACACAUGCUCAGUACAGUGCACAUGUUGAGAACAAUAAAGGAGAAUGGGUGAGAAAAGUUGUGUACUCACAUCAUCUGGAAUGUUUUGUAUCGUGUGCCACAACAAGCACCAGCUCUGUUGUCAUUGGCUGGAUGGAGAAGCUGACUGGUUUCACCCACAGGAUAGAACAGCCUACAAAAAGGGAGAUUCAAAGAAAGUUUGAGUUUAAUGUGCCCCAAGGUGUCAAUGAUUUUGAUUUAAAUGGAAACCUGAAUUUGAUAGCCACAGCUGGGGCCAACAACCAUGUCUGUCUGUGGAAUCCUUAUGUGAUGUCCAAACCUAAUGGGAUCUUAAAGGGACAUAUGGCUAGUGUAAUUCAAGUACAGUUUGUUCCUGCCAGAAACCAGCUUCUCUCAUUCUCCAAAGAUAAAGUUUUCAGAAUUUGGGAUGUUCACCUACAAGUCUGCAUUCAGCGUCUUGCUGGGAUAUUUCCUAAAGGGCAUGUUGAAG